GGGGCGACCGGGAAGGGGUGCGAGGAAGGCCAGAGGGGCCUGGGCCCGCCAUGGAGCUGUACCUCAGCGCCUGCUCCAAGGCUGCCAACGCCGCCGCCGCCAGGGCGGCCAGCAGCGGCCUGUCUGCCGCCAGCCAGCAAUGUGGAGACGGCGUACACAAAAACCACUUCGCGGGGGUUGGACCGGAUCACCUACUGGAUCUGCCUCUUGGGGUCAAGCUGCCUGUGAUCCCAGGUAGUGACACUGUAUUCUUUACCACGAAUUUAAGUGAAAAGCUUUUUCAGCCUUCUUAUGGUUUUAACCUGACUGAUCCUUAUUGUCAACUUUUGGAAAACCAGUACAAAAGUCUCCAUGAUCCACAUUUAAAAGCAUACCAUAAGCGCAAAGAUAUCCUGAGGAGAUUGAAGAAAGGGGGCUACAUAACCAGAAAUAAUAAAAUUGUAUGUACCUUGAGAGAAUUGAAUAAGUACAGGCAAUAUCUUACCAAUUUAAAAUUAGACUUUGAAAGAAACUAUAUAAGAGAACAAAAAAUGCUUGCAAGACAACUACAUAAACUACAGGAAAACAAUCAAAUCCCUGAACAUUCUGACGUUGCACAGUUCCAAAAUUGGUUGUUAAUGGAGAGCCCUCAAUUUAUUAAUGACCAGGAGAGGUUAAUAAGGCACAGAUAUUUGGAUAUGAUAAGUAAGGAACUGGAACAACUUGAGCGCACAGCAGAAGAGCAACGCCUACUCCAGAUGAAUAGAGAAGAAAGACGACAGCGGGAACACACAAGAAGAAAACUCAUUCUUCGUAGAAAAAUUGAAGAGGAAUGGAAGACAAAAGAGAUGUUACUUUUGACAAAGAUUGGAGAAGAUGUUAAAAGAGAAGAAAGGAUAGAACAACAACGUCGUAGAAGCAGAGAAGAGAGUGACAGGAAGAAACAAGCCCUUCUAGAGAAAAAAAUGGCUUAUCAUUUACAAAAAAUGCAAGAUACUGGCUUUAAAGGAGAAGAUAUGGAAAAAAAUGCAUUUAAAUACAAAGCACAAGAUGGAACAUUUUCUUCUUCAAAGACGAAAAAGAAAUUAUCUGAUGAUAUAAAGUUAAUUUAUUCUUUUGAUGACCAGAAACCAUACGAAGGAACUUAUGAACAUGGAACAAAUGGUGUUCAAAUGCAGUCUCAAAAUAAUUCUAAGAAUGUUUUGAAAACAUCAGCAACUUCAAUUGUUAAUCAGCCAGCUGUACAGAAUAAUGGUAAAGAUCAAAAGGGAGAUGGAUUGAUAACUAAAAAAUCAAGUAUUUUUGAUGACAGAGGAUUUAUAAACAUGUCAGCUCAAGAUUCAGUUACUUCAGCUCAAAAUUCACCCACAGGAAUUUUUCCCAAAUGUUCACAGUCAUUCAAAAGUAGAGGUCCUCCAAAAGUAGAGAAGGAGAUUGAUGCUCGCUGUAAUGGAAGACCAACCAAGAGAUCAAGCUAUGUGUGUGAAUCAGGAUCUCAGGCUCAUGCUGUGGCCCCGGGGAUUUUUUCGUCUCCUGUUUUCUCAAAUAUACAACAGAGUCUCCUACAAAAUUGCUUGCAAGAAAAAGUAACUUCUGAAGAACUGAAUAGUAUAAUCCAGAAUAUAAUGACCUGGGUUGUGGCUACAGUGACCAGUAUAUUAUACCCAGCCAUCACAAAAUAUGAAGAAAGGUUGAGACAUAAAACAUAUCCAAUGUCUGAUGAGUCCACCCUUUCGUCAGAUAGUUCAAGUUUCUGUAGCACAUGCAGCGAAGACUUUACAUGUGGAAACUACACAUAUGCAACAAGUAAAAUGUUUCAGGAGAAGCCCUGUCCAUUUGCAGUUGACAAGUCAGUAAAGAACCAAACCACACCUUUAAAACCUCCUUCUGCACAUAUGGAAAGAACAGUUGUGGGGAAAACAUACCACACAAAAGGACAAUCUAUAUCCUCUAAACGCAAAUAUGAUAAAACCAGUUUGACAUGUUCAUCCCCUAAGCUCAGACCUUGUAAGUCUGAUAGUCACCUUUUAGCAUCAUUUGAAACAGGCACAACAAAAUCUAAGGAUGCUACCACUGAAACAGAUAGCUUAGGGAGUUCACUUUUUUGGGAUCAAAAAGUAAAAGCCAUGGAUGAAAUAAAUAAUUUAAAAAAUGUUUUUGUUAACUUUAAAUGUUACUUGAAAGAGGAAACUCAAUUGAUUUUAGAAAGUAUUUUUCAAGAAAUAACGUCCGAUUUAACCCAGGCCAUUCCCUCUCUUUCUUCUGUUACUGCUGAAGUUUUUGUUGACCAACAUGAGUCUGAAAAAGAAGACUUGCUCUCUGAUGUUGAUAUCUGCUCAGUAGCUUCUGAGAUUGUGGAAAAUAUGCUUGAGAAGUUAGAACUAGCAGUUGAGAAAAGAUAUGUUGAUAUGUUUUCACAGGAAGAUUUGUCAGUUGACAUUAAACCAAGCUUAACAUCCAGUGAAGAACACCUCAUAUCAUCAAAUGAAAAACUUUUAAAAGAUUCACAGCCUUAUACUUUGGAACCCAUGUGUGAUAUUGCAGAGGACAUGGUACAUGAUAUUUUAGAAAAGCUAAAGACUCUUGCAUCUUAUAAACAAAAUGAACUUCCUCAUCUUGAAGAUACAACUAACCUUUCCCAUCAGCAACAUAAGACAGACCCAACAUGUAUGUUCCUUCAAAGAGCUGGCCAUAAAUCUAGUCCUGAACCUGAUGCAGCAAAUUUAAUUGUCAAAGAAGAAAUACACAAUUUAAUAUCAAGUAUUUUUUCCCAGACCCCUUUGGUUGGUUAUAUAGAAGAAGCAAUCAGCACUAUACUAGGUUAUAUACAAACUGAACUUAAUAAUGAGAGACUUACUGCAUCUGAAGAAACGGUAGAACUCCUUCAGCUAUUUGAUGAUAUCCUCACUCAGCUCUACCGGGAACCAGUAAAUGCAGGUGUUCAAAAAUGUAGACAACCUAGAAUAAGAAAAUCUUCUGACAAUGAAGAAAAGUACAGACUCACUGGCACCAGAUUAUCUAAUCAUCCUAAAUCUAGAAGAUCAUUUUCACCUAUUAAUGUUCCAGGCAUGGCCCUUUAUUCUGAAGAUGAUAAUGAAGAGAUAGACAAAAUUGUAAAAAAUGUGCUUGAUUCAUCUUUCAAAGAGGAAAAAGCAAAAUCACAGAAACAGAUUCCUAAUCAUUGGUCUACAAAGGGAAACACUUGUUUUGAAUACGAAAGAAAUAUCGACCCAGCUACUAAGCCUGCUUCUAGAAGCAAAGGUGUAAUUCAUGAUUGGGAAUUAAAGUCUGAGCCACCAUCUCUUAAUAAUCAUGACAUUUUAAAGAAAAAGCACCACUUGAAAAAAAAUAUUUCCUUUUUUAGCCAAGAUCAAAAGCAUCAAAUACAAAACAUAGUUAAAAGUAUUUUAACAGAAAUGCUCAAGGACAUAUCUUCUGUUCCUCCUGGUCACUUAGACAGCCAAGCCAGGAAAAAACCUUCAGUUCUUAUUUCAGAAAAACCUCAAGGACUGUCACAUCAAGAAUGGAUGGACCGGAUGUUCUCUGUGUCAGAAAUUAGUACAGUAGCCCAAGAAAUAACAGAUGCUGUGUUAAAUAUACUUCAUAAAGCAUCAAGUUUCAUUUCAUCAUCAGUUGAGCAAACUUCACUAGAUAAUUCUGAUACUUGCCACAUAGUCAAAGAAACACCAAAUAAAAAGCCAUUGAAAAUAUGGUUUGACAGUGAAAAGAAAAUGAAAUAUUUAUCUUCACCUAAUAUAGAUCCUGCAGCUUCUUCCUGGUUUGAAUUUGGAGAAAGUGAAUCUAAACAUGUAGACGACAUUACUGACAAGAUCAUUAAUACAAUUUUUAAAAGGCUGAAGUUAUUUGUUUGUCCAAAAUUGCAAAUGGACUUCAAACCUUCACUUGCCAAGCAAUCUUCAUUACAAUCUCAACUUAGUUCUUACACAGCUAAAGUAGUAAACAUUGUUUUGAGUGCUAUCCUGAAUGAACUGGAACUUAAUGAGAAAAACGUAAAUAUUAGGGAAAUUGACCAUACUAAAUCCCUUACAGAGAAAGAAUUUUUUGCCGACACUGACAGAAAAUUAAAAUCUGUUGUCACAAAUAGCAAUGAUGACAUUAUGGCAAGUCCAUUAUUAACUUGUAUUUGUGAAAUGUUAUCAAGUAAAAAUGCAGAUCAAAGAAAUAUUUCACUUCCUUCAGAUAAGUCAGAAUCUGCGACUUCAUAUGGAUCUGACAACAUUGAUAAACAAAAUACUUUGCCAAGUAGGCAGGAUAAAAAAUCUUUUUACAAAUAUUUGGCUACUCCAUGUACUCUACACAGUGUCAUUGAUGGAAAAGAUCUUAAAGAGAAUGCCAAAUUGCAAGUGUUAGAUAGAAUUGGGGAAACACUACAUGAAAUGUUAAGCAAGCUUAUAGGAACCCCUCCUCACUCUCAGCCAUCUUGCAGUCAGCAAAACAAAGAGGAGAUGAAUGAAAAUCAGCAAAGCGCUGCUGCAUUGCAGUCUAAUAUUCAGCUGAUUUCUAAAGCAAUUUUGGAAUAUAUCCUUGCCAAAUUAUGUAGUAUUGGCAUGGAUAUCAGUUUUGCAAGUUCUGGAUUGAAAGCUCUCCCUAAGUUUCUUGACACUGACAACCUAUCAUUUACUUCAAUUAUUAAGGAAAUGGCCAAAUGCACCAACAUAGUCUCCAGCAUAGUUUCACAAAUAAUUCAGGAAGGCAAUAAAGAGGUGACCAAAAGCAAUGCAAAAACUAUUUCUCCUGUGCCCGCCAAAGCAGGGAGUACAAAAGAAAUGCGUCCAAAUAAGAUGAAAGCUGUAGCUUCAGAUAUUCUUAAUAUGGUCUUUGCUAAACUAGAAGGGUUUGCCAAUGGAAAUUUAGAAACUAUAAAUGCUAAUAAUGAUGGAAAUAAGAAGAGCAGUAAAAUGGAUUGGGAAUGUGAAAGUACCAGUAUUUUUACAAACACAGAUAUAGAAUCAUUACAAUCUGCUUUAUACAUGCAUGCAAAGAAGGUAUCAAGUGCUAUUUUGAAGGCUAUUCAAACAGAAUUAAAUGUGAACUCAUCAGAUUUGAGCACAAGUGUAAAAAAUCCACCACCUGAGGCACAAAUGUUUAAGAAUAUAGUCAAUUUAAUUUUGGAUGAAGUAUCUUCAAAUAUUUUUAACGAAACUGAAUCUGAAGAGAGAGACAUUGAAAAUUAUCGAUACAGGCCAACUUAUGGAAAUUUUCUUCCUGGAGGAGCUGAAUCAGAUUCAUUUCUAGAAGAUGAUGCAAAUAAAGAGAAAAUACUUAUUGGAGAGACAUCACAACUGAGAGAAGAAACUAAAACACAUUCUCUUGAACAAUGGGUUCUAGAAAGAACCUUAAACAAAAUUGAAGUAAAACUCAAAGAACCACAUAAAUCUCCAGUCACUUCCAUUACAAGAAAUAUUUUGAAUGAAAUUUUUCAAAGUGCUUUAAUCAAUCAAUUAAAUGUGCUUUCUCUCUCCCACUCUCAUUUCAGUGGCAUGCCUCACAAUGUUGAUGAGCCAACUGCUCAAACAUCUGUUCAAUUUAUGGACAAAAUGAUGGGUCCUUUAGUGUCUGAAGAAGAUGUAACCAUAGUAACAGAUAAUAUUGUUAGAACUAUAUUUCAUAAACUUUAUUCAGCUGCUAUGACAGAAAGAAAUGUAAGUGAAAAUAAGUAUAAAACAAUUACCUUUUCAACAAAUGUUUCUUUUCAUGAACACACCUAUAGAGGAAAGUCUUCUGUCACUGUGUUGGACAGAAAUCCAUGUACUCUUCAGUCCAGAUUCAAUGUUGACAAACAGGCCAAGGAAAAUGUAGUUGAAGAUAUUGUACAGGCAAUAUUAAUAAAUUUAGAAACUUUUGCUACUUCCAAAUUAAAAUCUCUCUUUUGUCCUCAAGUCAGCUUCACAGUUCCAGUGCCUUUACCUACUGAGCAAGAUAACACUACAUUGAGCAACGCAUUAUCAGCCAAAGAUUCAUAUUUAGAUGAGCAAUUUUCCUGUUGCUCAGUGGAUUAUAUUAAGUCAGGAAAGACCAACUUGCGCCAAGUGUCUUUGUCUAAAUUAAAUAGUUAUGCAACAGAAGUGGCUAGAAAAAUUUUACAAGGUAUCAAAAAUGAGUUAGAUAAAGAAAGAGAAAUUUCUUUCUUAACGCAUAACAUUGUGGUUUCCGAUAGUAUUGCAAGUCAAAUUGUUAACACAGUGUUAGAUAUUGUCUCAUGUAAAGGCAAAUGUGACAAGACCAGUUCUGGCAAAAAGAUUGACUCAGAUCAGCAAGAAGGUAUUAUUGAAAAGCUGUUCAAUAAGACUGAAUAUCGAAAAGUACUUCAAUAUCAAAUACAAGAUACCAUUGAAGGUAUCUUGUGUGAUAUUUAUGAAAAAACACUAUAUCAGAAUAAUCUCUCAUUUGCCACGCCCACUCUGAAAUGUAGCACAGCUUGUAAACAUUCAGAAGCAAAUUCUGAAACAUCCAAUGAGGGUGCAAAUAAGAUUAUUCCAAAACUUUCAGUUCCUAAAUCAGAUGUCAUCUUGAUAUCCAAUGAUACAGUGAAUAUUGUUCUCCAUAAUCUCAGUUCUGCUGUCAUGCUUGUCAUAAAUGCAAAGAAUCCUACUUCAGCAAGAUUGCCUCUGACCUUUUAUGGUAUGCUUCCCAAAACAGAGUGUCAACUGCCUCAUCUUAUGGCUUCAAAAAGUGAAAGAAAAAGAGAGUGUUUUCCAUACUCAAGAAAUCAGAAAUCAGCUUAUGCUGAUGAUAAUCGGGUAACUAUAGUAAAGAAAGAAGACAUCAAGAAAUCUGUCCCUGACCCAUGUGAGGAAAAUGCUAACUUCAUUACUAAAUCUAUUUUCAAUUGUUUAGAAUCUUUUGCGACAGAAAGAGUAGAUUCAUUUAUUACUCUUGCUUCCCAGCCUAAAGAAAAGUCAUUUGUUAGCCCAGAAUUGCGAAAUUGUAAACAAAAUGACAGCGUUUUUCAUGAAUCAAGCCAAGUGGAAUCAAAUGUGAAUGUCCUGAGAAUAUCAACAACUGAAACUGUAACCAGCCAAGAGCUCACAGAUUCCACUUUUGCCAGUUACAGAGAAAAACUUGAAUCCACAAUUCAUCUAUCACAACCUAGCCUUAAGAAACAUGCUGAUAGCAUUGCCAGUGCCAUUUUGAAGCUUAUUAAAAAUGAUUUAGACUUAGAAAUGAAAAAUAUAUAUCCAUAUCCAGACAAUAUUUUGUUUCAAGAAAAUAUUAUUGUGAGUGAAAUUGUUGAGAGUAUCUUAAAGAUUUUAGAUGAUAAAAGAUCUGUAAAGGAAAUUGGUUUUUACUCAAAAGAGAAUCCCAACAUUUCACAAUUAACUGACUCAAAUGAAGUAUUGCUGGAACAUAAACAGAAGGAAGGAAACACCAAACUAUCUCUGUUUACAAAGCAUCCAUUAGAACAAAACCAAAUGAUACUGGAAAAGAAAAACCAGAGAAUUGUUUUGGAAGAAAUAUUUAUGAGAAAUAAAGACUCAAAACAAAAAGUAAAAACCAAAUUGCUCAGUGCAGUGGAAGAACAUUUGAAUAAGUUGUAUCAAAGAGUAACGGAAGUUAUAGGCCAUUUGCCUCCAUUUAAUGAAAUCUCUCAUUUUAUAUCUAAUUCUAAAAUUAAAACAUCAGACAUAACACAAAAAAACUUUUUUCAAUCACAUAUUAACAGUGUAGCAAAUGACAUAGUUGAAAGUGUUUUGGGAAAAAUGUACUCUGUAAUUGUGACAUCAGUAUAUGAAAAUAAUAAAAGUAGAGAAUUAGAAACAUCUGACAACAAUGAUUCCUCACCAUUGAAACCGUCAUGGUUUAGAGAAACUAAACAAGCAGAAGGAAGUAAUUCCUCUAGGUAUGUGACACCACAGGUUUAUUCCUGUGCGGACAGUCAAAAUGUCUCUGUGUUGGAAAACACUUUUUUGCAAUAUUCACCAUUGCAAGUGGAGAAAGAUUUAGUUCAAAUGGUUCUCGAUAAGAUCACAAAUUUAAUCUCACUUCAUCUAGAUGAGAGUUUGGCCUCUGAAGGUUGUUCUGAUGAGUUGCAACUUCUAAGGCUACCCGGUUCUAAAGUCAGCUUUAAGGACCCUUCUAAGCCAAGUUUUAAAACAAGUUUUAAAGCAAGAUCAAGAGGUACCUCUUUGCCUAAAUUUACAACAAAACCACACCUAGGCCCAAGUGGUGCUAAGGUCAAAAGCAAGAUCAAGUUAGGUCCUGGAGAAAAGAUUCCAAGAGGCAGCCGGUCCAAGACUGCCACUGGACUGUCACACAUCCUAUCAAUAGGAGAUGCCAAAAAUUUACUGAAAACAAAAUUACCCACUUCAGAACUAAAAAUUUUUGCAAAGGACAUAAUAAGUAAUAUCCUGGAAACAACUGUGAAAGAAUUUGAAAAGGUGAAACAAACCAGAGCAAUGGUAAAUACAGAAGCUUUACCAUCUGAUCAAAUCAUGGCAGCAAAUAAAAUAGUUAAUACAGUUUUGAAAGAAUUAUAUGCUACAAAUAACCAUAAUUUUGAUUAUCCAAUAAAAUUCUCACAUUUGGAUGACCUCAAACUUUCACAGGGGAGCACAGGUGCAGGGUCCCUUGCCAAACAACCAGCAUGUUAUUACUUGGAGAAUGUUUCUUCACAGCUAGAACAAAUUUUUCCUAAAGAAGGUAUAUUUAAAAAGAUGUUUGACAAAUGGCAGACAGAAUCAAAUGACAUGGAAAAUGAAAAAUGUAAGCUAUUGACAAUUGCUGAAAAUGUUUUGACUGAAAUUUCAAUAAAAUCAAAAGAAUUAGAAUAUUCUCUUUCACUUUUAAAUUUGCCACCUCUUGAGAAUAGUGAAAGCAGAUUUUAUAAUCAUUUUAAAGGAGCUUUUACUAGAGCUGAGGAUACCAAAGCACAAAUUAAUAUAUUUGGAAGGGAAAUUGUUGAAAUGCUAUUUGAAAAAUUACAGCUGUGUUUUUUGUCCCAGAUGCCCACUCCAGAUUAUAAAGAAACUCUAGUGAACAGUAAAGAACAUAUUACUGCUAAAAGUAAAUAUGAUUUUCCAAACAACCAAAUCUUCAGCAGUUUACCAUUCUAUAAUACAAAGACAAAAGACAAAUUUUCCAUGGGCUCUAGCAACCAGAUUGUUCAAGAGAUCAUAGGAAGGGUUUUAAACACAUUAGAGUCAUUUGUGGACUUGCAGUUUAAACAUAUCUCUAAAUAUGAGUUUUCUGAAAUAGUGAAAAUGCCUAUAGAAAAUCUUUUCCAUGUCCAACAGAGACUAUUAAGCAAAAAGAUGCUGCCAAGAUUGCAACCACUGAAAAAAAUUUCUGAUGAAUCCAAGCCAAGUACUAUUAUUUUCAAGGAAGAUAUACAGAGUACCUUUCUACAAGUUCAUUCAUUCCAUUCAGAAUUACCUAACUAUGCUGUUAAUAUUGUCAGUGACAUGCUAGGUAUAAUUAAGAACAAGCUAGACAAAGAAAUGAGCCAAACGGAACCAUCUUCAGUUAGCACUUUCAAAGAGAACUUUGUAGCAAGUGAGAUCAUUGGCACACUAAUGGACCAGUGUACUCAUUUCAAUGAGACUUUGAUCAAAAACCUUCCAAAGAAAAGUUUGUUCCAAGGAGCUGAAAAUGCCUACAUUGUUAAUCAGGUUCAAUUAGCAACCAAUAUGAAAAUGCCCACAUCAAAGUUAGAGGAAGCCAAUUUGGGGGAUAAUCCUCCACAAAUGAAUGUCCCUGGGUUGGUGUUUUAUUCAGAGGAAGAUAGGGGAAAAAAGUAUAGAAUUUCAUCAAAUUUACCCUCAUAUGUCAGAUCAUCUGUAGAAAACACAAUUAAAAGCUUAGAGCCAAUGCAAAGGCCUGAUUCAGAAACUAUGCCAUCGUGUUCGCUAAACAAAGUACAAGACCACAGCCCAAGGAAAUCUAACUCUCACCAUUUUGAUGAGGCCAUGACAGGAAACAGCUCCCUCCCUGAAGGCAGUGUUUUACAAAAACUGUUUAAGAAAGCAAAUGACUCCACAGAAGCAUCACUGAAGCAAGUUAUGUCAUUCAUAGAAAUGGGAAAAAGUGAAAAUCCAAGAAUGUUUCAUUAUGAGGCCCUAAAACCAGUUGCUGAGCCAAACCAAAUUCAGACAACUGUUUCUCCACUCAAAAUAUGUCUAGCUGCAGAAAAUAUUGUCAAUACUGUGCUGUCCAGCUAUGGCUUUCCAAGUCAAUCACACACUAAUGAAAGCAUGGAAGCAAUGAAACCAUUUUUCAUAUCUAAGCAAAGCCCUUUAUCAGAAGUAUCUGGAGGACAAAAGAAUGAGGAGAAGAGUUUGCUUAGAAUGUGGCACAGAAGAAUCAGCUGUAUACCUGAAGAAGAAAACAAAAACCCUGAAGCCAGCAGGAUAGAUUCUUCUUUACUGCACAAAUGGCAUAAAAAUAGGUACCCAAAGACAAAGAAAAUAGGGACUCCGAAUGAAGUGGAAGUCAUUGCCUUUGCUGAUCAUGAACUGGGUCUCAAUGAAAUUCACUUUAUAGCAAGACAUGUCACCACAUCUGUGGUCACACAUUUAACAAACUUAAAAACUAAAGUUUCCAGUGAGGAGAAAGCAUCUAUUGUUUCUACAUUGUCAAGGAAAAAAUGUGAAUCAAAGCAGCCUCAAAGAAGCAUAUACAGUGAUUCUUCAGUUUAUCAACUAUGUGAACAUCUUACUGAGUCAGUCAUUUAUCAUUUAAUUUCAAGUAUUUCUGAUGGCAUCAAAGAAAGCAGAGAAAAAGACAAAGCAUGGGAAAUCCAAAAAGCAGCAUUUAACAAGAUUAUUUCAGUGCAUUCUCAAGUGUUUGAGAGCAGGUCAAUUUCUAUUGGAGAACUUGCUUUAAGUAUUUCUGAAAUCAUUAUUAAAAUCCUUUGUAAUAGUAACAUUAUAAAGGCUGACAAUGUACAGCAAAUGGGUUCCAUAAGAACAAAAUUCAUUUACUGUCCAGGAGUAGUUUCUGCUGACUUUAAUGACCUCUUUCAGGAUUUUGUAAUAGGAGUGAUUCAUGUACUGUCCAAAGAAAUAGGAAUAAAUCAUCACUUUGAAAGCAACAGAACAAACAAAUCAUUUUCCAUAUUUCAGAGCAAUAGUGUAUACAACUGUGACAAAACCAAUACUAUGGAAAGACAGACAGAGCCCAGAGAUUGGCAGUCAUCUACUCAACAAAUUGAUCAACUCAUUAAAAAAAAUAAAUUAAAUUAUCUUGCACAUAAAUUAGACAGCCUGGUUGGUAACCUAAAAUCAAAUGAAUCCAAAGAAGUAGCCAAUAAAAUUUUUAAUAUUGUUUUAGACUUAUUUUUGCCAGAUGAAUGCCCAGAAAGGGCUACGGAUUCUGGUACAAUAGCAAGAAAAUUUUUCUCCUCCCCAAAUGAUCAACAAAGUAAUAGCAUACUUCAAAAUAACCUAGGGCUCUCCCCCAAAUCAGUUUUUCUUCUCAAUAUUGUGUGUGAGAAACUUAUCAGAACACUUUUGGAAAAAUACACAAGCACUGCAUUUCUUGAUAAUGGUUCUAUUUCUAAUGAAAUAUCAGCAGAAGAAUGUCAACUUUUAAAAAUACUUCAAAGUGUAGAAGAUGAAGAAUUUGAUUAUUGUCAGAGAGCAAUGAAUUGUGAACAACUUCAAGGAGAUUACAUGUCAGACCUUUUAGAAAAUCUGGCAGAAAUGGAUCAAGGUUUAUUGUCAUCAGACUCUAUGCUUACUAUUAUUUCCCACAGCUUGGUUAAAUCAUUGAUGGACAAACUAUCUCACAAUAUACAACAAAAUCCUGAAAGUCCACCUUUUGCAAAUGCACAUUUGAACUACAGAACAAGAGAAAUACAAUCUAGUUUCUCAAAAGCAAAAAGGUCAGAAUUAAUAGGACAGGGUAAAAGCUCUUUAGGAUGCAUGAGUUAUGGCAGUAAUUCUUUGACAGAAUCUCUGUACAACCCUAGUGUUGUUAGCUCCAAAAUACAAGCACCAUUUGGCAAGAAAUGCAAAGUAAAAUGCUCUUCUGUGUUACCUCUUGAAAGACAAGGAACAAAGGAAAUAGAUCCAGUAGCCACUGAUAACAACCUCGAUCAUGGAGGUAUGGAUACAGGUGUUUAUUCAGCCACAUUUUUGGAAGAAAUAAUUUCGGAAUUGCUUUUUAAUCUCUCUACCUCAUUGUGGGGCAAAAAUAAAAACAUCACUGUGGCCCAGCUCAGUGAGAUGAAUACAUUACUUGUUAACAACAUAGUGAAUGAGUUUAAUAAUGUUCAAGUCACUGUUCUCCGGGAUCCAGAAGAACGGCUGUGUUUUCCACCAGUCCAUAAAAUAACUGUUAGUAAGAUUGUUGACUCAGUUUUUUAUGAUGUUUUACAGCCAUAUGAAUUGACAGUGACCUGUAGUAAUAAUCUGGCAUAUGACAAUACCUCAAUAGCAGAACAAAUAACUAAUGGCAUAUUGUUAGAGAUUUUAGACUACCAACUCCCAUCUUCUUUCAGGGCACAGCUAAUGCCCCACUCAUAUUACCCUCUUAAAGCAGAAAUUAUACUGCAAAAGCUUCAAAAUAACCUGAGAGAAUUUACUUCCCUACCCAAGUCUUCAGCAGGCUAUAGGACCAUGUUAUCACACUCAUUUUUAGAAGGUGUCAUCAGAAGGCUUUUAUCUCAGCUCAUUCCUCUACCCAGUAAGGUGGCUUCCUCUUUGGGAAAAAAAUAUUUAAUCAGUUCAGAUUUUAAUGAAAUGUCCACUUGUAUAAUAAAUAAGGUUAUGUCAGCCAUUUCAAAACAUAAAAUAUGGUUCACUAUAUAUGAUAAUCAAUAUUUAUGUACUGGCACAAACCUCCAAAAGAUGGUGGAUUCUAUUUAUAGUAAUAUUUUGCAAAUGUCUGACUCUCUUGCUUCAAUACAGAAAAGUAUAGUCAGCCGAAGCCCAAUUAUGGUUGACCGAAUAGCCAGCUUAAUUAUCCAAGAGAUUAUUGAAAAUCAUCUUCAACCAUUUUUGUGUAGAGGGCUUUUACCUCGUCCAAGGACUCCACUGGAUGCAGUAUCUAAUAUGGUUAAACAGGUUCUCAGUGAAGUCACAGAGUUACACAGACCCCCAAAGCCAUCACCCUUAGGUGUUUACCCUGAUACAUUUGUAGGGGAGAUUGUUGCCAGACUUUUAUCAAAGAUUUUCAGCUCAAAGCAUAACACUGAAGUGGAGCUGGAAAACCUGACCCAAAAAAUAGUAAACUCAGUAAAUAAUCAUUUUGACAAAGCUAAAAUUCACAUUCUAUCUGAUAACAAAGAGCAGAUUUUCCCCUCUGCCAAUACCGAUAUUAUGGAUGAACUUGUCACCUCAGUUUAUAAAAAUGUUUUAAAACAGCAUGGGCUAGAUCCUGACAUUGAUAAAGAGUCUGAAGACAGUGACAUUUUUGUGGAAAAUAUUACCAAUUUAAUUGUAGCAACUAUUUCAGAUUAUCUUCUUCAUCCACUAUUUUCUGGGGAUUUGUCAGCUUCUUCUUAUUCUAUUUCAAUGGCUGAAAAUAUCGUUCAAGAAGUCCUCAGUAACAUCAGUAAAUCUACUGAGUUAAGCCAGAGUUUACCUCUGUAUAACUCAUUGCUGCCAUACACAUUUUUAGAAGACAUGAUCAGAGUACUAUUAUCUAAAUUCUUUCCUUCUGCCUCUAGCAUGGUUCCUAACAGAGAAACCCCAAAAGACAGAUCAAGAGUGAAUUUCAAUGAAAUUGCUUCUAACCUAAUUAGUGAUAUUAGGAUGAAAAUUUCCCAACAUGAAAUUCGAUUUUCAAAAGAUGAAGAAGAAACCAUGUUUGUUUAUUCAGAAGAUGAUGUUCAGCAUCUUGUUGACUCAGUAUUCAAAAAUAUUUUACCAAACUCUGAGUCUCAAGAAUCAGUUGAGCAAAAUAUCACAAGCAGUAAUGAUGUUCUUAUUGAUAGAAUAGCAGGUUUUAUCAUUAAAUAUGUCUGUCAACAACAUCUUCAGCCAUUUGUGUACGGAAAGUCAUUAUCUUCUUCAUCAUACACAUAUUUUGAUGAUGAGAGAAGACAGUUAUUUUAUGCCAGUAUUUAUUCCUCAACUUUUUUGGAAGAUGUGGUCUCUGGGGUUUUAAGCAAAAUAUUUCACAGGGUGGUAGGCAUUAUACAAACAAAAUCAGAAAGAGAUUCAGAAGAUGAACUGUUUGAUAAAGCUGAAAACCUCAUACAUUUUAUAACAGAGGAAUUCUCAAAAGCCCAAGUUAGCAUUUUAGAUAAUGCUGAAGAACGACUGUGUUUGCCUCCAGUGGAAAGAGAUGUAGUAAAAACAAUUAUUGACAUAGUGUACAGCAAAGUUUUGCAAGAAUAUGAAAUAGAAAUAACGCCCAAUAAAGAUUUUCUAAACGACACAAAGACAUUGGCUGAAAGGAUAACUAAAAUCAUCCUGGCCGAAAUUUUUGAUUUACAAAUUCAUCCAGAUCUUAUAGCAAAUCUGCCUUUUAAGUCACAUUCCAAACUCAGUGCAAAUGUUUUGAUAAAGAAAGUUCAACACAAUAUUAGUAAAUCAUUAUUCCGAAGACAAUCUUCAACAAUAUAUACGACUAUGUUAUCACAUACUCAUUUGGAGAAAAUAAUCACUCAGCUUGUAUGUAAGAUGAGUCCAUUGGCCUCUAGCACAGAAAAUCCAGCUACUUCUCAAUCAGACUUAAGUAAUACAGUCAUAAAACUCAUAAAUGAAAUUAUGUUGAUAAUUUCAAAACAUGCAAUAUGUAUCACUAAACAUGGGAAUGAAAAGCAAAGUAUGAUUUCAGAAAAAGAUAUCCAGUCUAUGGUUGAUUCCAUUUAUGCUGAUCUUUCUUAUUCAAAUCUGUACCAGUGUCUUACAAAAGAUAAAAAAGGCAUAAGUAAUAUACCUGCCUCAAAAAUAGCAAGUUUUAUAAUAAAAGAAAUUUUUAACCAUCAUCUUCAGUCAUUUUUAUCUGGAGAUAAAUCUCUCCCUUCAGCUACAGUUGAUCAAACUUAUAAAACAAAAGCAAUACAUCUUAAACAAAGAGAAUUGUCUCUUAUUGUGAACUCAGCUGUCUUUUUGGAGGAAGUAAUUUCUGAGCUUUUAUGCAAAAUCCUUUAUGCAUUUUCACAUAAUGUUUUGGCUGCUGUAAACCCAGAUAGAGCAAAAGCCAAAAUUACUAGCAUUGUUACAACAUUGGUAAAUUCCAUUGUUAUGGAGUUCACCAUAUCAGAGCUUUCAGUUGCGGAUAACUUUGAUAAAAACUUGUGUUUUUCAGAAGGAUAUAAAGAGAUGGUUCAAAAAACAGUCAACUCAAUUUAUGAAAAAAUAUUAGAUGAAUAUAAAUCUUUGAUUAACGUAUAUAGGGCUAUACAAAGUGACACUGUCUGUUUUGGAGGGAAAAUAUAUCAUUUGCUAUUGGAAGAAAUUUAUGAUCACCAGAUACAGUCAUUAGUUUCAGGAGAAUUAGUGUCUUCUUCCUAUUCUUCCCUUCAAGCUGAUAAUAUCAUCACUCGUGUCCUCCAUAUUAUCAUGAAGGAUAGCCAUGCCUUGCCAUCAUGUAUUACUGUGUUGCCUCGUUCCCUUUUAGAACAUAUGGUUUACAAGCUCCUAGUGCAUAUCUUCCCUUCAACUGACAGUGAAAAUGAACUAGAAGAGGAAGAGGUUCAACCAGAUCAUGAGUUUGUGGAUGCAGCUUCAAAACUAACUGAUGAAAUUAUAAAAGAAAUUUCUGAACAUGAGAUUCGACUUUGCAUGGGAGAGGAUAAUGUAGAAAGUACGCAAUUAGAAGCUAUUGAAAAUUUGAUUGACUCCAUAUGUAAUAAUAUUUUGAAGAAAUCUGAAUUCCAAGCUGAAGUACAAAAAAGUGCAGGCAAAAAGGGAGGCUCAUUUCUCAGUAAAAUAGCUGGCUUCAUUAUGAAGGAAAUCAUGGAUCAUCAUUUACAGCCAUUUUUACAUGGUGAAGAAUCAUCUUUCAGUGACUUAUCUGAUUAUGACCACGUCUCUUUACUUACUAAAUCUGGUAAAGAAAAGACACAGCCUUCUCUAUAUUCAGGUACAUUUCUGGAAGAUGUAAUUGUUGACCUUGUCCACAAAUUUUGUUCUCUCCCCAUUAUUACUGAUGAUUCUAAGAAAAAAGAAGUGCCAGAGUCAGACACUGUGGGCUUGGCUAUAAAAUUUGCAAACUCUCUGAUAGGGGAAUUUAAGAAAAGUGAAAUUAAAGUAUUACCAAAUGCUGAAAAAAUGCUUUCAUUCCCACCAAUUGAUAAAGAGAUAGUUGAUAAAAUAUCCAAUUUUGUAUAUGACCAAUUCAUAGGAAAAUAUGAAUCUAAUGAUAUUCAGGAAAAUGAUAAAAGUGACAUUGUUAUAGAAAUGAUUGCUGCUUUAGCCCAGAAAGCAAUCUCUGCCUUCAAGAUUCAACCACUUUUUUCAGGAGACUGGUCUUCCGUCUUCAUUUCAUUUCUAAAUCCAGAAAACAUCACCCAAAGAGUUCAGCACCUACCACAAAAAACCUCUACACAGAUAAUCAGAUGCUUAACAGGGAACCAAUUUACUUUGCCACAACAGUCAUAUAAACACACUUCUUUAUCCUCAGACCAGAAAAAUAUGAUGGAUACUUUGGAAAUAAAUGGAGGUACGAUGAGUAGAAAGAAAAGUUCCAAAACCAAGAACAUAUCAAUGAAAAAAGGUGACACCCAAAAUCCAAUACUUACUUCUAUAACUACCAUUAUGAAAAGCAACAUUAUUAAUCUAAUGUCAGGGUCAGCUGCAGAUGUGACAAAUAAAAAUAAAGAAAAUGAAAAUAAAAUGGGAAUUUCUAUUAAAAAAUAUUGUGAGAAUGUUUGCAAAGUUUCUUCUCCAAGCAGCAGUGUGAAAAAGAAAGCGGAGCCAGAUUUGAGUGAAACAUUUAAAAAUGAUAAAAUUGAGAAAAAAAGAAAAUCAGCUCCAAAAGAUAAGGAAGAGAAAGGUCCAGCAGUACACACACAUUUUUCAGUACCUCCUGAUGAUAUGGAAUAUGAGAAUGAAAUGUUUGGAUCACAUUUUGAAAAAGACAAUGAGAAGAUUGACAAUACAACAGAAAGAUCAUUUAAAAAAGAUGAUGAUUCCUUUCAAAUAUCUUCUUUGAAAUCCAAGGAGAAAAAUAUGGGGACUGCAAAAAAGAAAACUUUGCAGAUAGUAGCCCAAAAGCCAAGUAAUGAGGAGAGGAGAAACUCUCCAGCUCAAAUGGAUACAGAUGAUGCACAAAACUCAGAUUAUGAACAUGUUCAAAAUGUCAUUGAAAAUAUUUAUGAUGAUGUUUUAAAAAUAUCUUCUCAAGAACCAUCAGGUUUUUCAAAAUUAAGAUGCAGUGAAAGCCUCCCAGGUGAUACAACAUUAAAUGUAAUCCAAGAGGUUAACAAGGAUUCGGUACAGUCUGUUAAAACAGAAAAUUUAUCCUUCUCAAUUAACAAAAAUGUCCCUUCCAAAGAAAAAGAAAAGAAAGAGAAAGAGAGAGAAAAAGAAAAGAAGAGAGGAAGAGAAAAAGAGAUUAAAAAUGAACCUCGUAAACAAGACCUUCCUCAGUACUUCUCAGAAAGUAAACCUGGAAUUUUUCCUGCUAAUUUUUUAGAAGAUGUUAUUACUGAAAUGGUUAACAAAUUGAUCUUUUCUUCCUUACCUGAAACACAAACACAUGAUAGAUGUCAAAAUGUAAAUGAUGAUGAAAACCAAGCUAAACUCUAUGAUACUGCUUUGAAACUUAUCGAUUCACUGUUAAAGGAGUUUUCAGAUGCUCAAAUUAAGGUAUUUAGGCCAGAUAAGGGAAAUCAGUUUUUUCCAUCUUCAGGUAAAGAUUCUUCAGUUUCUAAAAUACCCUCCAGGUAUAAAGAAUCAAAUACAGAUGAAGUAUCACCCAGCAUUAAGAUAGAAACUGUGGAUAAAAUGCCAUGUGAGCAUGAAAUGACUAAAAUACCCUCUUCAGAUAAAAUACCUUUCCAAGAUAAAAUACCAGCAAUUGAUAAAACAUUGGUCAAUAAAAUUGUUCACUCCUCUGUAUGCAAUAUUUUGAAAGAAUAUAGAUUACAAGACUCUAUUUGCAAGAAUAUAAACAAUGAUGGAGAAAAUUUAGCAAGGCAGCUAUCUAGUGCAGUGAUAAAUGAAAUUUUUCAACAUCAUCUUAACUUGAUAUUUUGUGAUGAGGUUCCAGUUUCAACAUGUUUGCCUCUGGAAUCUAAGGAUGUUGUUAAAAAGGUCCAAAAGGUGGCCCAAACAGCCAGCAAAGAAUGUCAAACAUCAUCACCAUAUACCAUAAUGCUGCCUCAUAAAUUUUUAGAGAAGGUGAUUUCUGCUCUUUUAUGUAAAAUUUUUUCAACAAUAUCCAAUACCAAAACAAAACCGUCUGAGGGCAAUUUGUUAGCAGAACUGGAUUUCCUUCAAAUGAAGUUAGUAAGUACAAUUGCAGCAGAGAUUUCCAAAGAUGAAGAUAUGAUUAUACAGUAUGUAGAAUCCUUACAUUCCAAUGAUGAUGAAAUUAUUCAGUUAGUGGCUCAGUCUAUUUAUAAUAAUCUCUUGCCACAAUUUGGAUCCCAAGAGACCAUACAAAAUUGCACAACUAGUGGAUGCAGAAUCCUUUUAGAAACCAUAGUUGACUUAGUUGUACGAGAAGUGGCUGGCAAUCAGCUGCAGAAAUACUUUUGUGGAGAGCUAACUCCACAUCAGUGUGCAGAAGUGGAAAGUGUUGUUGAAGAUAUCCUUAAAGAUGUUAUCCAAACUACCAAUGUGCUCCCACCUGAACCAUCACAUGUUCAUAAACUGUCUUAUAACAUAGUAGAAGAAAUUGCUGUACAAUUUUUAUCAAAGCUUUUAUCUAUGUUUCCAAAAUUGCCUAAGGAAAGAACCAAGUCCCUAGAAAUUGAGAUGGAAAAAAUAACCUCAAAAAUAUUAAAUUCAAUCCAAGAAUUUAUCUCCAAAAGUAAGAUUAAACUUGUAGCAUUGGCCAAUGAAUCACCUGCUGUACCUGUAACUGACAAUGAAACUAUUAAAAAAGUAGUUAAUUCUGUUUAUACCAGUAUUUUAAAGCACUCUGGCUCUCCUACUUCUGUAUUCAAAGAUUUAAUGGGUAAGAGCAAUGCCCUCUCUGAUAUAAUAGGAUUUUUAAUGGUGAAAGAAAUUUCUAAUUCUGAAUUUCAACCUCCAGUAGAGGAAGAAGUAUCAAGUACAGAAUUAGUUCUGGAAGCUGUCAAAGUUAUGGAAAAAGUGGUCAAAAUUAUUGAUAAAUUUAGGUUCCAGGAAAAUUCUUCAUCUAGAAAAGAUUCUACAUUAGAUGCCAAGUUUUUAGAGGAAGCAUUGGCCUUGUUCUUGGCUAAACUAGUAAAGUUGCCAAGUGCCUCAAGCAAAGAUGAAAGAAACUUAUCAAAGCCUGAGUUAAAUAAAAUUGCAUCUCAACUGACAAAAUCUGUAACAGCUGAAAUUUCCAGAAGUAACAUUAGUCUUGUCAAAGCUUAUCCUGAAAAACACUUUUUAAAUCCAGAAAGUAUAGAAAUGAUUUCUCAAGUUGUUGAUUCUGUUUAUAGUGAUGUCCUACAGCAAUCCGGAACUGACAAAGAACUUUAUUAUAAUAUAAAAGAUACAAACAAAGUCUUCCCUAAAAAAGUGGCUCGUUUAAUUAUUGAUGGAGUUUCAAAUUUUCCAUUAGAUGCAGAAGCAGUUAGUUCAAAAAGUCCAAAUGCUGCUAACUUUGGAGAGCUAGACAUUAAUAGAAUUGUUCAAAAGGCACAAGAACACUCUGAUAAUAUGGUCCCUGACUUAGACAAAGAAGAAUCAGAUCAAGAUUUAUCUGAAGAGGAAUUUUCAUUUGAAAUAGUUCCAUAUGUUGGGAAAAAACCGAUUAAAAUAGAUCCAAAGAUUGUUUCAGAACACUUAGCAGUCAUUUCUGUAAAAACUCAUUCUCUUGAAAAACUUAAGGGGGAGUGUUUAAAAACAACUGGUCAUAGCAUAACACAACUGAGAAAAGCCUCAAUAAGUGGUAAACAUUAUUCCACCUCAGACUCACAUAAUGUAGGACAGAGAAAGAAAGAAAGACGUACCUCACUGGAUAAGUCUGGACGACUGGAUGUAAAACCCUUAGAGGCUGUUUGCAGAAAUUCAUUUCAGAAUAUAAGAAAGCCUGAUAUUACUAAGGUGGAGCUUUUAAAAGAUGUUCAAAGCAAAAAAGAUCUUAUUAUUCGUUUAGUAGCUCAUGAUAUUGAUCAAGUGAAUUUGGAUGAUGACAUAAAAGAGGAAUUAAAUUCUGAUGAAGAUGAAAUAGUUUUAGGAGAAGUUUCUGCACAAGAAGACUCAUUCAAAAAUAAAGAGAAAGAAUUCAAGAAGCCAGUGGAAAGCAAAGUUCCUCCUAACCCAACACUAAGCACAAGCAGCCUGAAAAAAUUCUUGUCACUAAGUAAAUGUUGUGAGCCUACAUCCAGUGCAGAUAUUAAAAGUACUGAACUAAUUUCAAAUCAGAUAAUAGAAUUUGAUGAGACACGUGUUAAAAGAGCUGCUGCUGAGCUUGACAUGGCCGGAAGAAAAACCACACCGGAAACAGUCUCUUCGGAGAAAAAGCCAGAGCAUAAGGAAGAAGAAAGGAAUCUUGUUGCUGAACCUACACAUUACUUAAUACACAGAAUUAUGAGUUCAUCUUCAUACAACCAAGAAGACCUCAGUCCAUAUACCAGCGAGGCUGAAGAUUAUAACCCAGAUGCAAGUGCUAAAAUAUUAGAAGAAAAUUCUCAGAAACGAAAUCCAGAGAAUGUAAGCAGUAUUAAGUUUAUCACCAUCUUUGAAGGAACCAGGGAUAUUCCUGGCAAUGCAUCUUCCUCAAAUGAAGUCAAUUCAGAAACUCCCAAGGCCAAUGCCUCCAAGCAAGGAUCUAAAAUGCUAGCAAAGGUAUCUUCAGCUCUGUCAAAGGUGUUUUCCAGAUCUAAUACCAACGUUUCUAAAUCUUCUUCACCACCUCACCAGGAUAAACACUGAAGUUCCUUUACCCAAUACAAGUAU